AUGAACCGAUUGGCCGGGUUGCCCCCUAAGCGUGUAGCCACUGCCGUGAGGCUGUUUUCGGCCGCUGCGACGUCGCCGUCCACCUCACGUGCCGACCCGGACGAGAUCCGAAGAUUUGACUCAUUGGCAUCCGAAUGGAUGAACGAAAAUGGACCAAUGAAGCCAUUGCAUUCAAUGAACCGGAUCAGAGUGCCAUGGAUAACAAAUGAGUUGAAUGAGGUAUGGUUUCGGGCAAUUUCCCGGCGGUCUUUAGACGUGGUCAUGUUAUGGUUGUCCAUUUAUGAAUAAUAUUUUUAGAGAAUUCAAAGAAGCGGAAUCGACCCGACUCAGCCUCUAAAAGGCAUUAAGGUGGCGGAUAUUGGAUCAGGAGCGGGAAUCUUGACUCUACCGUUGGCUAGAUUGGGUAUGUUGGACUUUAAAGAAAGCAGAAAUCGUAUGGUUUGUAUUUUUUUUUUAUUUUUUUGUUUUUGAAUUUAGGAGCCACUGUUGAUGGAAUCGAAGCUACGGAAGAAUGUGUAAGGGUCGCUGAUAGACUUGCAGACAAUGUGUUGGACGCUGGAACCAGAAAACGAAUCAAUUUUGUUAACAGCAGCGUGGAAGAAUUGGCCGAAACUAAAGUUGAAGGUAAUUCCCGGAAAGAAAAAUUGAUUUGCAAACCCAUUUUUGGGAUUUUGAUUUUGGUAGAUUUUUCCCCUUUUUUUACAUAUUAAUCUCAUGAUUAAAUUGCAGCCUACGACGCCGUGAUUGCGUCUGAGAUCCUGGAGCACGUGGCGGACCAGGCGGACUUUGUCCGCGCCGCCGUCCGGCUGGCCAAACCCGGCGCACCGCUCUUCUUCACCACCCUGAACAGGACCGCACUGAGCCGCGUGGUGGGGAUUUGGCUGGCCGAAGUGAGUGCCGCAUGGCCCAGGCAGGGACCACAGCCCCGCGUUCGUUCCCCCCUCCCUCCCCAAAAGGGAGAACGAGGAAAAAGCCCUCCGGCGGCGAGCGCAUUGUGCGGCGCUUGCACCCAAUUUUUAGUGCUUCCAAAUUCGGGCCGAUAUCUUGGGAUUUUUGGAGAUUUUGGAAAUUUUUUUGGUUCAGAAGGGCGAAUAAGGAUGUGGAGAGUGUAACAUCACAAAAGCUUGCUUUGUGGGGCUUGGUUUUGAGGUUUAAAAUCGAUUAUUUUCAACAUGAACAUCUUUUUGUUUUCGGUUUUAAGUCUAGUCGAUUUUUAGAAUUUUCCGUUUUUUGGUAUGGAAAAAAUUGUGGUUUUUGAGUGUUGAAUUUAAAGGGAGAUGCAAGGACGCGGGGUUGACCUAUUCUGACUUUUUUUGUCGAUAAAAAUUGCUUUGUUUUUGCAUGUUGUACAAGACCAACUCUUCUUUCAGGGCCUCGGCUUUCUUCCCUCCGGUCUCCACCAAUGGGACAAAUUCGUAACUCCAGACGAACUGAGAAGCCAUCUCCUCCUGAAUGACUGUCAAGUGAUCUACAAACGAGGCCUAAUCUACGAUCCACUUCUGAAUGAGUGGGAUUGGUUUUUCGGCGAACAGAUAAAUUACGCACUUCUGGCCAAAAAACUGUAA